AUGGAUUUCGCGCCCUACCAGUCCUCGCCGCCUGAGCACGAGCGCGUCAUGUCGCCGCCGGCCGGCAACAGUGCGACGUCGCCGCGUGCCUCGCUCGAGCGGCGCUCGUUCUCCCCCAACAAGCCCACGACCUCCAACGCUGCCAGCCCGCCACCCCUGCAGCAUCCCCAGCCACAACGCCGGUGGUCCAACAGCAUCCCGAGCCCGAGCUACUUUUCCUAUCAGCAGGGUGGCCACGCCAACAAUGACCUCGAGGGCGGCGGUGGCGGCGGUUUCGGCGGUUCUCCCGAUCCGAUCUACGACAAUGGCCGCGACGGCGUGAUCAACGAGUUCGACACGAGCCUGGGCCUUCGGCUGGACUACGAGGCGUGCAUGGCAUACCUGCUACUGCCACCACUCGGCUCGAUCCUUCUUUUGGUUCUGGAGCGCAAGAGCGACUAUGUUCGCUUCCAUGCAUGGCAGGCCAGCCUGACGUUCACCCUUACGAUCAUCCUGCAUCUGAUCCUCCACCGCUCGUCGUUCCUCAGCUGGGUCCUGUUCCUCGCCGACCUUGGCCUGAUCGGCUGGCUGACGCUCAAUGCGUACCGUGAUGCCGACACGCUCGACAGGUACUGA